GCCGGCGGCGUGGCGGGGCGCUCGGCGGCUCCUCCUCGCGGGGCCGAGCCGGAAGGGAUGCGCGGGCGGAGCGAGCGGCGGCGGCUGGCGGGAUGCCGGCGGCGGAGCAGGAGGGGGCGGCCGAGGAGGGGGCGGCGGGCGGCCGUCGCCUGUGCGGCUACCUGCAGAAGCUCUCCGGGAAGGGCCCCCUGCGGGCUUUCCGCAGCCGCUGGUUCGCCUUCGACGCGCCCCGCUGCGCGCUCUGCUACUACAAGGGCCCGCGGGAGGCGCAGCCGCUGGGCCGCCUGGAGCUGGCCCACGCCGCCUUCCGCCUGCACGACGCGCCCGCGCCCGGCCCGGGCCCCCAGCCGCAGCUCCAGCCGCCGCCGGCCGAGGAGGAGCGGCGCCAGGAGGACGGCGCGCCCGGCACCGCCUUCGAGAUCCACGGGCCCGGCGGCGACGUGGCGGUCCUGCGGGCUGCCACGCACCAGGACAUGAUGUACUGGUUGCAGGAGCUGCAGCAGAAGAGGUGGGAGCAUUGCCACAGCCUCGACGCUGCCAAGCACUACAGCCGGACGUCGCCGACCCCAGCCGGCUGCUCCAGGGGGCUGGUGGCCAAGGACAGUCCCGAUUGCACGGCGCUGCCCGCAAACGCUUCAGCGGAGAAAGCCCGCCAUGUCCUCGCCGUUGAGAUCGCCCCCACGGAGCUGGUGGGGGAGCAAGCCGCCUGCCUGCCCGCUCCGGGCCACCCCGGCCCCAUCAACUUCUCCUUCAGGCAGCUGGGCACCGAGAUCAGGAAUUCUGUGUCUUCCUUAAGAACCGGGAAAGGAAGUGGGGAAAACCGCAGGAGUGUUUUUUACACCGAAGAAUGGGAAAUGCUGGACCCCUCCCCAAAAGACCUGCAGGAGUCGGCGGCUCAGGAGGAAAAGCGAAGGCUGGCAGCCGAGACCAGCAAAGGUGGGACCGGCUCAGCGUUCCCCUUUGAUUUUGGCCGCCUCCCGCACAAGGCCAGGCGUCCCACGAAGGACCCCAUGGCUUCCUCCAGCAGAGGCCGGGGUGGCCUGGAGGCCUCUCCUCUGGAGUGGAAUGGAGGCCGGCCGGCCCCAGAGGCGCAGCCGAAGCUGCAGAGCCAGCAGGAGAACCUGGAGCAGCUGAAGACGGAGCUGGCCAGCCAGAAGGAACUGGUGCGGCUCCUGCAGCAGACGGUCCGGUCCUCCCAGUACGACCGGUACCUGGCGGGGCCCCUCUGCGACGGGAGCACCAAGGGCCACUUGGAGCUGCUUCACCAGAAGGACCACCAGAUUCUGGGUCUCAGCCAUCAGCUGGAGAAGCUGAACCUGGAGAAGGAGGACUUGCAGCAGGAGGCGGCCGGCCUGAAGUCCACGGUGGGGGAGCUGGGCGAGAAGCUGGACAUGCUGAUGGAGACCAUCCAGGCGAAGGACGAGGUCAUCAUGAAGCUCUCCAGGGAGCUGAGCGAGUGCGAAUCUUCCUGGCAAAGCGGAUCGGCCGAGGCCUCCCCGCCCGUCAGCAAGGAGCAGCAGGAGCUCGACAGGCUGAAGGACACCCUGCAGGGCUACAAAACCCAGAACAAGUUUCUAAACAAGGAGAUCCUGGAGCUUUCGGCCUUGCGGAGGAAUGCCGAGAACAGGGAGAAGGCGCUGAUGGCAAAGCACACCAGCCUGGAAGCCCGGAUGUGCCAGGUGGAGAGCAGGUACCUGGUUCUGCUGCAGGAGAGGAAGGGGCCCGUCUGCUCGGAGGAGCCCAACCCCAACAGCGACCUGGUGGCCCGGCUCUUGGCAGACGCCCUGCAGGUGGACAGCGGUGAGCAGCCCGAGCAGGCCUACUUCAAGCCCCACAUGGUCAGCGAGUACGACCUGUACGGCUUCCAGACGGUGCCGGAGGACGAGGCGGAGGAGGAGAGGCUGGUGGCGAAGGUGCGGGCCCUGGACCUGAAGUCCCUGUCCCUCACGGAGCACCAGGAGAUGUCCACCGGCGUGAAGUGGGAGAACUUCCUGGCGGCCAGCCUGAACAGGGAGCUGGUCCGGUCGGUAGAGCUGAAGACCCUCGUCCGAGCCGGGGUCCCCCACGAGCACCGCUGCCAGAUCUGGAAGUGGUGCGUGGGCCUCCACGUGAAGAAGUUCAAGGAGGGCAGCCCCCCCGGCUACUUCCAGGCCCUGCUGCAGGAUGCGCUGAAGAAGCAGAACCCGGCCUCCAAGCAGAUUGAGCUGGACCUCCUGCGCACCCUCCCCAACAACAAGCACUACUCCUCCCCCGCCUCCGAGGGCAUCCAGAAGCUGCGGAAUGUCCUGCUGGCUUUUUCCUGGCGGAACCCGGACAUCGGCUAUUGCCAGGGGCUCAACAGACUGGCGGCCAUCGCCCUUCUCUACCUGGAGCAGGAAGACGCCUUCUGGUGCCUGGUGACCAUUGUGGAGGUCUUCAUGCCCCGCGACUAUUACACCAAGACGCUGCUUGGCUCCCAGGUGGACCAACGCGUCUUCAAGGACCUGAUGAACGAGAAGCUGCCGCGGCUGCACGGCCACUUCGAGCAGCACCGCGUGGACUUCUCCCUCAUCACCUUCAACUGGUUCCUGGUGGUCUUCGUGGACAGUGUGGUCAGCGACCUCCUCUUCAAAAUAUGGGACUCCUUUCUCUACGAGGGACCCAAGGUGAUCUUCCGGUUUGCUUUGGCCCUCUUCAAGUACAAGGAGGAGGAGAUCUUAAAGCUCCAGGACUCCACCUCCGUCUUCAAGUACCUGCGGUCCUUCACCCGCACCGUCCUGGAUGCCAGGAAGCUGAUGGGCAUCGCCUUCAGGGACCUCAACCCCUUCCCCCUGCGCCAGAUCAGGAACCGGAGGGCUUUCCACCUGGAGAAGGUGCGCCUGGAGCUGCUGGAGCUGGAGGCCAUGCGCGAGGACUUCCUGCGCGAGCGGGAGACCCACCCGGACAAACGGGACUUGAUCAGCGAGGACGAGGAGGACGGCUGAAGGGAGCCCGGGGGCCCCUUCGGUGUGGGGCUUUUUCUGCAGCGCAGAACCCGGAGGAGAUCGGAGGGCAGAGCUGCAACGCCAGCCUUCCACCAGAGGCACUUCCUGCUUCGGGCGUCCUUCAGGGCAGCCAGCACUUCAGACUUCCUCCCAGGGGUUCCCUCCCUUCCAGAGCCCCCGAAGGGCCCCCAGACGCAAGACCCAGAGGCCCCUCGUUUCGGGCCAAACCCUUGGUCUUUCAGUUGUGCCAUUUGGGAGACUCUUCGCUCCUCGUCUUAAGAAAACGAGCCAAGUCGCGGUGCUUCAUCGGGUGCCGGCAGGUUUUGUGUGGCUUCAGAGACCUUCCAGGGGGCCACCGCUCAGUCUCCCCACCUGGGGAAGCAGGAGACAACUGAGGGGGUUUCCGGACAGCUGCCGCCGUCUCCUUUCUGGGCUCGGGUCCCCGUCUCUCUUGGAGACCACCGGGCUCCUUUCCCCGGCCUGGGGCUCUCGGAGGUGCCAUGCUUCUCUCCAGGAUAACCCUCAUCCACGCCCGCCGGGGUCUCUCCUCCACCAGCCUCCCUGGUCCUGGCACUGAGAAGCCGUUGUUCCACGGAGAGCAGAGGGGGGGGGGGAGCCCAGCAAAGUCCCUGUUGGGGAGCCAGGAGACAGUUCAUCCCAGAACGAUCCAGUCAUUCCAUUCUGCCUUCCUGCCUUCCUUCCGGGCAGCUUUUGUUCUUCAACCUUCCCCCCCUCCUCUGCAAAUCUUCCUUGGGGAAGAGGUUGGGGGGCCAGGAGCCCAGGACUUGCCAGCUCCCAGCCGGAUCCAGGCCACUUUGGGGGCAAAGGAGGCACCCCACAGCCCAGGGUCGCUUUGGGACAGACAGAAUCCAGAGCCGGCAUGGGACUCUGAAUGCCUUGAAUCAUGGCCUAAUCUUAGGCUGCAGCAGAAGAGGAGGCCGAAUCCUCCCUGGGGGAGUUUUGCCCGACUUGUGGCUCCCUGGAUCAACGUCCGUGUCCUCUGCCCUUGUGCCGGCCAGUCUGGUGUGAUUCCUCGGAGGGGGGGCUCCGUGGGCUGCCCCAAGUGGUGUGACACAAGGGCCCCUCCCUCUGCGUCUCCCUCAUCCAGAGGCCUCCCAGACGGUCAGCACUGAAGCCACGCAGGCACCCCGGGGCAGCUUGAAGAUGGGGGGACGCCAACUCCCGGAAUUGCUCUGCUGGCUGGGGAGUCCAGGGAGGGGAGGCCCAGCCGUCUUCAAGCUGCCAAGGUUGAGAAACACCCAAUUUCCAAGUAUUCAGUCCUCAAUUCCUGCUUCCCUUUUUAUAAAGAAUCCCGAACUCUGUUCUGUAUCUUAUAGGUCAAGUAUUUUAUGCACAGGCAGAAUGUAACACACACACGCACAGCCUCCUCCUCCUCCUCCUCUUGCAGUUUGCACAAGCUUCACAGAGGUCCAGUCUGUUUCUCUGCCUUUCUUGCUGGAGGCCCUAGAACCACACGCACCCAGAGGCCCUUUCGCCCUGGAGGAGGGGUUGCAAGUCCCGUAUCCUGUGGAGAGGGACCAUCUCAGGCCUCGGCCGGUGCAACCCCCGGCAGAGGCUCCAGAAGACCGGGGGGUGGGGGGGGUGGAGCAGCAUCUCUUCCACGUGGGGCGAGUGCAGUCGGGGAUCCUGAGAGUUCUUUGGGGUUCAGAACCCCUGAGUUCAUUUGCCAAAUGUUUGCAACCUCUUGAGAAUAGAGCAUUUCCUCUGUUUGAUUCUUACUGAUUUCUGAUCUUCAUUCCUGUCUGGUUUUGUCUGACCAAUCCUAGUAAAAAAAUGCAUCGGC